AUGUGGCAAGACGAAUCAGACGAUUCGUCCUCACAUGCAGGCGGAAGUGGAGAAGGUGAAGAUGUUAAAGACAAGACCGUGUACGCCACGGCGGCAGAUUCGCAACAUGAGGAGACAAGGGAUGGUUCAAGCGCAGCCGAGCACGACAGCGACUACGAAGACCAGGAAGAAGACAGAGAUGAUAGCGACGAAGAUAACGACCAUGCUCCAGAAAGUAGUAGUAGUAGUAGUUCUGCAUCUAGCGCGAGCGAUGUCCCAAGGAGGCGACCGAAAGGCCGAUUGGAUGAAAAGACUCGCAAGCUCUUAGAAGAUAGCAAUUAUCUAAGGCGAUCAACGCGCUCGAAACUCGUUGACCGAAAGAAAAAAGGUAGCAGUCCAUCAGAGGAAGAAGAGGAAUCUGAUAUCCCAAGCGAGCAAAGCUCCUCUGAUGACGAGAGUUAUAAGCGAAAUAGUAGAAGAGGUGCAGUUUCCCAGAAAUCCAAGGGAUCACAUGGACGUGCUGCGAAAACGGCUCGCUCUGCUGUUGAUUACACGGAAAAAGGAUCCGAUGAAGAUCUUGAUGAAAAUGAUGUUCUUGAAUGGGAAGAGGAUAAGAAGUCGCCUUCUUCGGCCACUGCGAAUGCGGAAACUAUCGAAAGAGUGAUAAAGUCAAGAAUGGGUGCCCAAGGAGCAACUGGAUCUGCAACGACAUGCUAUAACGUAGCGGAAAAGGGCGACCCAAAUAGUCCUACCGCUGCUAUUCUCGAACAACAGUUUUUAAUAAAAUGGGUAGGCUGGAGCCAUCUACACAACACUUGGGAAUCUGAAGCGUCGAUUGCUGCGAUGGGCGCAAAUGGAAUAAAAAAGAUCCAGAAUUUUCUGAAAAAGCAGAAAGAAAUGGAGGAGUGGAAACGUACAGCAGAUAAAGAGUACAUUGAGUUCUAUGAGUGCGAACAAGUGAUGAAUGAAGAACUAUGUGAAGAGUAUAAAAAAGUAGAACGUAUAGUCGCUCACCAGGUGUCUCGUGACCGUAAUUCAGAAGGAGUGGAAGCUACUGAGUAUUAUGUGAAGUGGUGCGGACUAUCUUAUUCUGACUGCACUUGGGAGGACGCUCGUCUCUUACCUCAGGAACAGAUCCAAGCCUACCAUCGAAGGAUCGAGAAUUAUAAAGCUCCUAGCAAGAACGCUGUGGUAUUACGGAAAAGGCCUAAAUUCACAAAAAUCGAGGACAUGCCAUCCUUUCUUCAAGUGGAUGGUAGAGAACAAACUCUCCGAGACUAUCAACUAGAAGGUCUGAACUGGAUGCUACAUGCGUGGUGCAAGCAUAAUUCUUGCAUUCUCGCGGAUGAAAUGGGUCUUGGAAAGACGAUCCAGUCUAUAGCAUUUCUGGCAGCGUUGUAUCAUAGGUAUGAUCUGUACGGGCCGUUCCUCGUCGUCGUGCCGUUGUCUACAAUGGCUGCAUGGCAGAAAGAAUUUGCUCAAUGGGCGCCAAAUCUAAACCUUGUGACCUAUAUGGGCGACACUAGCUCUCGUGAGCAGAUUCGUCAGUUCGAAUGGUACGUAGCAGGCACGAAGAAAAUCAAAGUCAAUGCUGUCCUCACCACGUAUGAAAUUUUACUUAAAGAUAAGCCAUUCUUGGGCAGCUUCCAUUGGGCAGCACUGGCAGUCGAUGAGGCACAUCGUUUGAAAAAUGACGAAUCUCUUCUGUACAUUUCUCUCUCUUCUUUUAAUUGCGAUCAUCGGCUUCUCAUUACUGGAACACCACUGCAGAACUCUUUGAAGGAAUUAUGGGCUUUACUACACUUUAUAAUGCCAGAAAAAUUCGAUAGCUGGCCAGACUUCGAGAGUGGACACAGUGACCGAGACCAUAAGGGAAUCGCUGCUCUACACCGAAAGUUAGAACCAUAUCUGUUAAGGCGCGUGAAGAAAGAUGUGGAGAAAAGCUUACCUCCUAAGUUGGAACAAAUUUUGCGUGUGGACAUGACAGCCCAGCAAAAACAGUACUACAAGUGGAUUCUGACGAAGAAUUAUCGUGAACUGUCGAAAGGCGUUAAAGGAUCUAUUAAUGGUUUCGUAAACCUUGUCAUGGAGUUAAAGAAAUGCUGUAAUCACACUUCUCUCGUGCGACAAUAUGACCACUUUGAGAAUGAUCCACAGGCACGGCUACAGCAACUCCUUAAAUCGUCGGGAAAGCUGAUCCUAUUGGACAAACUGCUCUGUCGUCUCAAAGACACAGGGCAUCGUGUCUUGAUUUUUUCUCAGAUGGUGAUGAUGCUAGACAUCUUGCAGGAGUAUCUUCAACUGCGCCGUUUUCCAGCCCAGCGACUCGAUGGAUCUAUGAGAGCAGAUCUCCGUAAACAAGCGCUGGACCAUUACAAUGCCGAGGGAUCUACUGACUUUGCCUUCCUGCUUUCAACUCGCGCUGGAGGUCUGGGGAUCAACUUGGCUACCGCCGACACGGUUAUUAUAUUUGACUCCGACUGGAAUCCACAGAACGAUCUUCAAGCGAUGAGCAGGGCACAUCGAAUAGGACAAACUCGCCAGGUAAACAUAUACCGCCUAGUGACCCGUAACUCCAUGGAAGAAGAAAUCGUCGAGCGCGCGAAACGUAAACUUGUGUUAGACCAUCUUGUUAUUCAACGAAUGGAUACUACUGGAAGAACCGUACUUUCCAAGACGUCCGGAACUGGCGCUCGUUCGAUUCCUUUUGACAAGAAAGAACUUAAUGAUAUUCUGAAGUUUGGCGCGGCGGAUUUGUUCAAAGAAGGCGAAGGUGAAGAACAGGAGCCAGAAGUCGAUAUUGAUAGAAUUCUUAGUGUAGCAGAGACAAGGGAUGCUGACGAAACUCAGGAGAGCGGUAAUGAACUGCUGAAUUCUUUCAAAUACGCUAAUUUCUCAAUUAAUGAAGAACAAGACGUAGCAGCUGCUGCUCAACACCAGGUCUCAUCUUCGAAGGAUAAGGAAAAUGAAGGCACAGGUGCUGACUGGGAUGAGAUCAUUCCCGAAGCUGAAAGACAAAAACUCGAAGAAGAAGAGCGACGAAAAAUGGCAGCAGAUUUGGAGUUGGCACCUCGACAACGUGUUAAGGUUGACAUUGAGGAAGCAGAUGAUGGAGAUGCAUCUGCUUCUGAAGGAGAAGCCGAAAAUAAUGGUCGCAAGAAAAGAAAAAAAGCGUUUGGAGAUUUCUCAGGUGCAGAGAUCAAAAGAUUUGUACGAUCGUUCAGAAAGUUUGCGAAACCGUUGCAAAGACUUGAAGCUCUUGCACAGGAUGCGGAGCUGGAGGAACACAGUGCCGAUGAGUUGCGAAAGCUUGCAGAAGCACUUCUUGACGGUUGCGAAAAGGCUGAAGAAGAGCACGAAUUAAAGAAGAAUGAAGCGAAGACGGAUGGAGAGAAGACAAAAGAUCGAGGGCCAUCAUUCAAAUUUGUGGGAGUGGUGGACGUGAACGUGCGAUCCAUUCGAAAAUUACAUGCAGAGUUAGAACCUUUACACAAGGCCCUCUCUGAGAUUGAAUCAAGUACAGACUUUAGGCCUCCUCAUAAAGCGCGCUCUCAGAAGGGGUGGGAUGUGGAAUGGACGUCCGUAGACGACGCUGCAUUGUUACGUGGUGUGUACAAAUAUGGGCUAGGAAGUUGGGAAGCGAUUAAAAUGGAUCCGCAACUUGGUUUAGCUGACAAAAUCUUCCUGAAGGACAAGAUCCGAAAGCCACAGCCACGGCAUGUGCAGCAGCGUGUAGAUUACCUGCUGAAGUUAAUGGACAAGUCCACCAAUGGAAUGAGAAACCAAAAAGCAGCGAUAUCAGGAACGCGUAAACGCAAAGCGCCUGACGACGACCAAGGAAGAUCUUCCGUAGUCGAAGAAAAGAAGCGACGAGAGAAAGAACAUUCUUCUAACCAUAAACAUCAUCACCAUCAUCACAUCACUCCAACGAAGUCGUCAACGACCACACGCGAUAAAACACUCGCAGAUCAACUUGCUUUGGUACUUAUCGAGAAAUCCAUCUAUGGGCAGGCCCUUGAGGACACUGGAGAUAGGCCUUUUUCUGAAUGUGUGAAGAUGAUGCGGCCGGUUCAAAAAUAUAUCAAGAAAUUGACAGAAGCUUGUAGCGAAAAAGAGGCAGCAAAGUACCUAAUGAGGUUAGGUGACAACUGUCGUGAUCAGUUAGACGAAAUGCUCAAGAGGAAACCAAAGACAAAUGUACGUAAAUGGUAUAACUAUAUGUGGAUAUUCUUAUCGAAGUUUGUCUCCCAAGAACCUAUGGAAAUGCUGCAGAAGUACCGAGAACUUUGUGCAGCGAAUCAUCGACAUAAACAUCGUGAUCAUAACAACGUUCAAAAGGACCGAUCACCCACUAAACACGACCCGGAGAAGGGUAAGGAGCGAGACAAGAAAGAGCAUCAUAAGAAGAAACAUCACAAGCAUGAUAAAGAACACAGAGAGCAUCGAACCCAUAGACCUCAUGAUGGGCACAAGGAUCGAGUCUUUCGAGAAGAACCUCCAACAGAGUAUCGUAGUCCUCUACAAGACGAGUAUCGAAGUUCUCCACUUGUGCGACCUCCCCUCCUUUCCGCUACUCCCCGGUAG